AUGGUGAAAAAGAUUAUAGUUGUCGGUAUACGUCAUUAUGAAGACCCUUUCUAUAAGAGUCUUGAUAGUAAAUAUAGGCAUGUGACGGGCACGAGUGGGCCGCCGGCAGGAUGCGGCCAUCAGAGGAACAGGUCUCUGGAUUCCGUUCUACAACGGAUACCAGAGGACAUGACACCGACGUCGCCGGAGGGGCCCGCCCGCUUUCAGGGGGACAUGAGCCGUAUUGCACCCCGUCUCGCCCUCCCGCCUGAAAUUCCCGCCGGAUCCGAUGACUCAGGCAUUCACACACCCCCCGAUGGCAACGAUGAAGAAAGACCGACCCCCGCUGCUGCCAGAUCGCGAGAAAGCCUCGAUUCCGGCAAUCCAGAAGACACAGAUAAACCACCCGAUCCACCUGAUACAGCCGUCGAGGCUCCGGCAACCGUGUCCGCAAUCGACACGGCCAACCACAAAGACUUUCUCCUGCGGCUAUUCGAAAGUAAACUCUUCGACAUGAGUAUGGCGAUAUCAUAUCUCUUUAACUCGAAAGAGCCGGGUGUGCAAACCUACCUAGCCAACAAACUGUUUUCCUUCCCUCACGAAGACGUCGACUUCUAUCUACCGCAACUAGCGACAAUGUACAUAGAGUUAGGGGAGGUCGCUGAACUACUGCGGCCAUAUUUAGUGCAUCGGUGUAAACAAAGUGCUGACUUUUCACUUCGGCUUGCGUGGCUGUUGACCGCUUUCGGAGGUGACGUCAAGAGGUCUAGAGCGACGAAGCUAAGGGAUUCGAUACUAGCUGAGGAGAUACGGCCGGCUGCGAGGAGAGGCCACCAUAGAUCGCAAUCGGAUGCUUCAGCGUUGAGACUAGCAACGCCUUCUGGGAGACAUUUAGGGGAUUUGGCGUCUGGCCGGGCGUUCGAUAACGGAUGUCUUUGCGGGGAACAAUGUUCCUGUGGAGCGCCACGACUAGCGCCACAGACACAGUUCCUGACGGCCCUUACAAACAUAGGUCGUCGUCUCGCAAGCGUAGCAGACAAAGAGAGAAGGAAUGGCCGACUUCGCGCUGAACUGGCCACUCUCGAUCUUAACCUACCGGCCCGGGUUUGGCUGCCACUGCAUAAGAAGCCACACUGCGUGCUUAGGAUACCGCCUCAUGCUGCAGCAGUGCUUAAUAGCAAGGACAAGGCACCCUACAUAAUGUACGUAGAAGUCCUCGAGACGGAGGGCCACGAGCCACUGCCCCCUCGCCUUUUACCACCCGCGCCACCUGCACCCCACUCGCCACCAAUACGUCACACUAAAAGCGAAGAGAACUUAGUGCCAGAGUGGCCAGCGCUUUCGAUGUACUCGGCGAUGGAUGACGUCGAUAAUAGCGAUUGCUGGAGCCAUGAUGAUGACGAACUAAGCACGCAGUAUCAUACGAGAGCACCGGCGCCUGAUUGUGUUUCCCAGCUGUCAGUGUUAUCAGUGACGUCCAUACAGUCCACCUCCUCAUGCGGAUCCCGUGAGUCAAUGGCCGUGGGUGCUGGUGAGGUGAGGCGUCGUUUGGCUGACGCGACUGCCGCUGCACCGCCGAAUACCUUCAAACAUGACCCUGCUGAUCCGUCAGCUGUGGCCCUUAAGGAAUCUUGGGAGAGCAAAUUAGCUAGAAUGCGAUCUUCGUCUCCAUACGGCUACUUGGCUGGAUGGAGACUUCUUGGGUGCAUUGUUAAGGUGGGUGACGACUUGCGUCAAGAGAUGUUGGCGGCGCAGCUCUUACGCCGACUUCAAGCCGUGUGGGACCUCGAGCGAGUCCCGCUGACGUUACGGCCCUACGAAAUCAUUUGUCUCGAUAAGGAGUCUGGGCUCAUACAGCCGGUACUGAACUCAGUGUCGCUACACCAGAUAAAAAAGCAAUCGGGGAAGACGCUUCGGGCUUGGCUAGAGCUGGAGCACGGUCCAGGGACCAGCGAAGGUUUCCUCCGAGCGCAAAGGAACUUCGUGCACUCGGCCGCUGCCUACGCCCUCACCAGCUACCUUCUGCAGCUUAAGGACAGACAUAAUGGCAACAUUUUACUUGACAGCGCUGGACACAUAAUCCACAUUGAUUUUGGCUUUAUAUUCUCCAUCUCACCGAAAAAUUUGGGAUUCGAGAGUUCGCCAUUUAAGCUGACACCAGAAUUCGUCGAAGUAAUGGACGGCGAGAAUUCAGAUAUGUUCGCGUAUUUCAAGAUUCUGAUUCUACGUGGAUUAAUUGCGGCGAGGAAGCAUUGCGACCAGAUAUUGCAUCUUGUCGAUACCAUGAGAAUGAGUGGUCAGUUAGCCUGCCUGCGCAGCAGCAGCUCCGUGUCGAACUUCCGUUCCCGUUUCCACGUGGGUCGAACGGAGCCCCAACUUCGACAACUCGUCGAUCGACUCGUGAGUGACGCACUCAACUCGCUGUCGACUCGUCUUUACGACAACUACCAGUACUACACCAAUGGGAUACUUUAG